AUGAUAAAUGACUAUCGACGAUCGGAUAGUACAAAACGUCAAUCUCAUCGUCGUACUUUAUUAUGUUGCUCAACUAUAUGCCUACUUUCAUUUUUAAUUUUAUUUCUAUUGUUAACUCAAGUAUUUCAUUAUCGUUAUGUGCAUUUCGAUAACAAUUUAAAUAGAUCAAUUUCAUUAAAUAUAAUGAAAUUUCAUUCAUCAUUAAUUCAAUGUGGUCAAUCUGUUGUUGAAAAAGAAAAUAUGUAUCAAUUUAUUGAACAAUUAACUGAAACAAUGAAGAAUCUUGCUACAAAACAAAAGAAUAAAAAACUUUUUCAUAUAAAUGAACAAUUAGAUAUAAUUCUUAUGCCACCAGACAUUAUUGUUUGUCGCACUAUUAUUGAAGAUAUUCUUUGUCAUUCAAUUGAUCAUGAAAAAAAUCGAACAAUCUAUUUUUCAAUUCAUACAUCAUCCAAUUAUCCUCAAUCAGAAACAAAUACUAUCAGUGAAAUUAUUCAACUGAAACAAGAAAAAUAUCAUAUAAAAAAACAUAUUAGUUCAGAAAAGAUUUCUUAUUCUUUAUCAUGGUAUUGUAAUCGUGGACUUACUCUGCGUUUACGAUCAGAAUAUGAAAACAAUGAACGUAUAUGUAUGUGUCCACCUAGUUAUUAUGGUGAUUUGUGUCAAUAUCAAAAUGAACGUGUUAGUCUAACAUUAGAUUUGGUUAGAGCUGAAAGACGAAAUGUUUAUGUCAUUGUUAUAAUGUUAAUCGAUGAAGAAGAGAACAUAAAUUCAUAUAAUCAAUACGAAUAUAUUGCUAGUCAAAGUUGUGGAAUAAAACUUAAUCGUUAUUUAUUAUUUUCAAAACGACCAAAGAAUAUGUCAAAGAAUUAUAGUAUACGAAUUGAUGCAUAUGAAAAACAUUCAAUAACAUAUCGUGGAAGUUGGCAUUUAUCAAUAGAUUUUCUUUUCUUACCUGUUAAUCGUAUUUCGACUUUAUUAUACUUGCCCUAUGAGCGAACUCCUAUUUUAUAUAACUGUUUUGCAACCUGCAUAAACGGUGAAUGUGUUCAAUAUUUAAACAAAAACUAUUUAUCCUGCCGAUGCUUUUCAGGAUGGUCAGGUAUUCAAUGUGAUAUUAAAUUAAAUUGUCAAAGAUGUUCAUCUGAUUCCAUAUGCAUUGGAUCUAUAAAUGAUCGAUCUAUAUGUAUUUGCCCUAUGAUGAAAUUUGGUCCUCGCUGUUUACUUAUAUCUGUAUGUCCAAAAAAUGCUUGUCAAAAUAAUGGACAAUGUAUUCCAGCCGAUAUCAGUGUAUCUGAUAGUCAUUAUUACGGAUCAAAAUGUGAAUACCGAAAAGGUCAACCAGAUAUUUAUUUAGAAAAUUUGAAUAUUCCAUCAUUUCUAUCAACUUUUUUCUUAACAAUAUCAAAUAAAUCAGAGCCUCAAUUGACAAUAAUGAUACAAAAAUUAACUUUAUUUCAACGUAGGGUUACAUUUCGUAUAUCUAUUCCAUAUAAUCUAGUUAUCAUCGAAUUGAAUAGAAAAUAUUAUCUUGCAGUUAUUCAAUCACUUCCAAACCUUGAUCUAUCAACAUCAAUUAAUCCUUCUCACGAAUGUCUUUCAAUGGAAAUAUUAUUCAAGUCUACAUUAAUGAAAAUGUCUCGAUUUCAACGAAUUAAAUUUUACCAUAUUCCAUGUCAAACAAAUCAUGAUUUAAAUUGUUUCAUGGAUAAAUUUUAUCUUUGUUUAUGUACAAAAGAUCGUCAUGCAAAUUGUGUUGAAUUUAAUUAUGAUAAAAAUCUUCAAUGUUCAUCAAAACACUAUUGCGCAAAUGGUGCUCAAUGUUUACAAGAUCAUCCUACGUGUCCGUCUGCAAUUAUUUGUGUUUGUACUGAUUGCUUUUUUGGUCAUCAAUGUCAAUUUUAUGCGAAAGGCUUAGGUUUAACAUUAGAUGAAAUCUUAGGUUAUGAAAUAAAACAUAAUCUUAUUUUUACUGAACAACCAUUUUCCGUCAAAUUAAGUGCUUUUAUCACAAUGAUAAUGCUGUUAAUAGGUCUUAUAAAUGGUAUUUUAUCUAUUUUAAUUUUUAAAAGAAAAAGCUCUCAAGAAGUUGGCUGUGGAAUAUAUUUGUUUGCAUCAUCAAUAACUUCAAUAAGCAUUGUGAUAUUAUUUUCAUUGAAAUUUUGGUUUCUUAUGUAUUCCUAUAGAGAUGUUUUUGGUAAACGAAUAAUUCUAUUUUCAAAUUGUAUGAUAAUCGAACCGUUACUUAAACUUUUACCGUACAUCGAUAAUUGGUUAAAUGGAUGUGUUGCUAGUGAACGAGCGUUUUCAGUUUUUAAAGGAAUAUCUCCUCAAAUAUUUUAUUUAAAUUUAUUUGAUGAUUUAAAAGAAGAACGUACUUGGUGUGUAGUUUUGUAUUCAUCAUUAUUAAAUACUGAUAGUUCAUCUAUAAUAUUUUUUCAUUUCUUUGCUCCAUUUCUAUUAAAUUUAUUUUCUGCCAUAUUUAUUAUCAUUGGGACAGCUCGACGACGGUUUUUAAUGACAGCAGAACAUCGAUUUACGAAUCAUUUUAAAAGUAAAUUAAAACAACAUAAACAUUUAUUAAUAAGUUCUAUUAUUCUUGUUAUAUUAUCAUUGCCACGUUUAAUUAUUUCAUAUACAUUGAAUUGUAAGAAAUCAUCUGAAUAUUUUUGGUUAUAUCUUUCUGGUUAUUUUAUUUCAUUUAUGCCGUCUGAUCUUAUGUGCUUUGUUUUUGUUUUACCAUCUGUUACAUAUAAAAAAGAAUUUCAACAAGUUCUAUUGUGUAUUCAACAACACUUUUCUUUAAUUAAAAUUAAGUCAUUCGCCAAUAAACAUUUUUAA